GAAAAUAGUAAAAUAAUUUACCUGAGAAACAUCUCAUUUAAUUUCUUUCAGAUUUUUUGAAUUUUAUUUUAGUUUACUUAUAUAUGUUCGCCGGCCAUGCCAACGGCGGUGAACGUAGCGAAGCAAUGCUUAACAACGGAAUCAUCCUACGCGCUAGAAGAAGCAGUCAACGUGGCGCGUCGACGAGGCCACUCUCAAACUACGUCGCUUCACGCCGUCUCCGCUUUACUCUCACUCCCAACCUCCGUGUUACGCGACGCGUGUGCUCGUGUCCGAAACUCUGCUUACUCUCCUCGUCUCCAGUUCAAAGCUCUCGAUCUCUGCCUAAGCGUUUCUCUAGACCGGAUCCAGUCGGGUCAACACCAACCCGGAUCCGAUGAUCCGCCCGUAUCGAACUCUCUCAUGGCUGCUAUCAAACGCUCCCAGGCUCACCAGCGUCGUCUCCCUGAGAACUUCAGGAUGUACCAAGAGAUGAUGAGUUCGAACUCACUCUCUUGCGUGAAAGUGGAGCUUCGUCAGAUGAUUCUAUCUAUCUUGGAUGAUCCGGUUGUGAGUCGGGUGUUCGGUGAAGCGGGUUUUCGGAGCUCCGAGUUAAAGCUCUCUAUUAUCCGGCCUUUCCCUCACCUUCUACGUUACUCAUCACGACAACAACCGCCUCUGUUUCUAUGCAACGUAACCGGAAAUCAUAACGAACCGGAAUUAAACCCGGUUCGAUGGGGUUUCAGCGUACCGAACCGGUUUCUUGCUGGAGAUUCUGAUUACCGGAGGAUCAGCGCGGUUUUCACAAAGGACAAAGGGAGGAACCCUCUGCUUGUGGGGGAAUCUUCUCAAGCUGUGCUAACCGGUUUUUUAAAUUCGUUGGAGAACCGAACCGACGGUUUGACCUUGGUUAGCCUCAGUACAGAAAUUUCGGACCAAGUCAACGUCAAGUUCGAUAAAACCUACACUGACGCUAGGUUUGGCGACUUGGAGAAGGUGGCUGAGCAAGGUUCAGGACCCGGUUUAGUCUUGAGCUACGGAGACCUGAGGGUUUUCACCGACGGCGAGGGAAACGGAUCGGCGGCGAGUUACAUCGUGAGUCGUGUUUCGGAGCUGUUAAGGAGAUCAGGGAGAAGAGUGUGGUUGAUCGGAGCGACGGCGAGCAAUGAGGUUUAUGAGAAGAUGGUGAAGAAGUUUCCGAACGUGGAGAAAGAUUGGGACUUGCAAUUACUCACCAUCACUACAACUCUUAGGCCUUGUCUGCCUCACCACAAGUCCAGUUUGAUGGGGUCGUUUGUUCCAUUUGGUGGAUUCUUCUCAACUCCUUCUGACCUAAAACUACCCUUCUCCGGUCUCAACAAAGAAACCACCGAACCGGUUUCUUCAAUAUCGGAUCAGACCCAAUCGACCUUGCCACCUUGGCUGCAAAUGACCAAGAUCCCCACAGUGCAGACCACACAAGGGUUGGAAUCAGUUUGUGGGAGUAAGUCAACGAUCAGCGCUUCAGCAUCGACCGGUUCAGUUAAAUCGGUCAGGACUGAUCUAAAUCUGAAGAUGUGUCCAGUCACCACAGGAUUUGAUCUCAAGAAUCAUUUGGAUGACAAUAAUUUUGCUCAUCCACGUUCUUCAUCAAGGGAUCUCAACCUAGAGAGCUUCAAGAUUAUAUACCAAAGAUUAACAGAUACGGUUUCAGGGCAAGAUGAGGCUGCUAGAGUUAUCAGCUGCGCAUUGUCACAACCUCUUAGGAUCAGCACCAGAAGAGACGUUUGGCUCCAUUUAAUUGGACCUAAUACUGUAGGCAAGAGGAGACUGUCGCUUGUGCUUGCUGAGAUUAUGUAUCAAAGUGAACACAGAUUCAUGCCCGUUGAUCUUGGUGCUGCGGAGCACGGAAUGGGCGGUUGUGAUGAUGUGAUGCGGCUUAGAGGAAAGACAACGGUGGAUCAUAUCUUUGAAGUGUUGUGUAGGAACCCUUUCUGUGUAGUUUUCCUUGAGAACAUUCACAAAGCUGAUGAGAAGCUUCAGAUGAGCUUGUUAAAGGCUAUUGAAACUGGAAAGUUUAUGGAUUCGCAUGGGAGAGAAGUUGGAAUUGGAAACACCACGUUUGUUAUGACUUCAUCUUCAGUAGAAGAUUCUGGAACAUUAGCUACUUAUUCUGAAGAGAAACUCUUGAGAGCAAAGGGAAGGCAAGUGGAGAUACGGAUUGAAACCGUGUCCAGUUUACCAAAUGUGAGAUCGAUUUCUAGAAUGAGAUCAGUGAAAAAGAGGAAGAUGAUAGGCUUGAGGGAUGCGCAGGACAAGAAUGAGACUGUAGAAACAGGAAAACAGUUAAACAGAACUACUAAUGGAGUUCUUGAUCUGAACCUUCCGGCGCAAGAAACAGAUCAUAGUGAAGAGCAUUCGAAGCUUUGGUUAGUGAACUUGAAGAAACACGACCGUCUUACUGAGGUUCCUUUUAAGCCUUUUGAGUUUGAAGGGUUAGCAGAAAGAAUAAGAAAGAGCGUAAAAGAAGUUUUUGAAAAGUGCGUAAGAUCAUCAGAUUGUUUGCUGGAAAUUGAUUCUAAGAUCAUGGAACGAUUACUAGCGGCUGUUUACUUCUCUGACAGUAGAAAAGAUAUUAUCAAAGAGUUGAUGGAGAAAGUAAUGGCUCGAGUGUUUUUGCAUGUUAAAGAAAGGUAUGAGAUCACUUCUUGUUCUGUAGUAAAACUGGUUGGUCGAGAUCUUGACAUUUUUCUCGAGGAUCAAAUGGACUUGUUCCUUGUAAAAUCUCAGUAGGUUAAAAUGUAGAUGUGAGGCUUAUUUGGGAAGUGUGUAUAAGAUAAGAUAGAGUUGGUUAUAGGUAUUAUUGUCCUUUUGUGUUGCUAUACUAUUAUAAUGUGUGUUAUGAUGGAUCAUGUCGUUGUGAGUGGGUCGUGUUCUUGUUUGUAUGUACAAGUUUCUGUAUAUUAAUAGUUGUUUUCAUAUAUAUUAUAAACCAAAAAUCAUUUUAG